AUGCAGUGCCUGAUACAGUGCCUGAUGCAGUACCUGAUGCAGUACCUGAUGCAGUACCUGAUGCAGUGCCUGAUGCAGUGCCUGAUGCAGUACCUGAUGCAGUACCUGAUGCAGUGCCUGAUGCAGUACCUGAUACAGUGCCUGAUGCAGUGCCUGAUGCAGUACCUGAUGCAGUGCCUGAUGCAGUGCCUGAUGCAGUACCUGAUGCAGUACCUGAUGCAGUGCCUGAUGCAGUGCCUGAUGCAGUACCUGAUGCAGUACCUGAUGCAGUGCCUGAUGCAGUACCUGAUGCAGUGCCUGAUGCAGUGCCUGAUGCAGUGCCUGAUGCAGUGCCUGAUGCAGUACCUGAUGCAGUACCUGAUGCAGUGCCUGAUGCAGUGCCUGAUGCAGUACCUGAUGCAGUGCCUGAUGCAGUACCUGAUGCAGUGCCUGAUGCAGUGCCUGAUGCAGUGCCUGAUGCAGUACCUGAUGCAGUACCUGAUGCAGUGCCUGAUGCAGUGCCUGAUGCAGUACCUGAUGCAGUACCUGAUGCAGUGCCUGAUGCAGUGCCUGAUGCAGUACCUGAUGCAGUACCUGAUGCAGUGCCUGAUGCAGUGCCUGAUGCAGUGCCUGAUGCAGUACCAGAUGCAGUACCUGAUGCAGUGCCUGAUGCAGUACCUGAUGCAGUGCCUGAUGCAGUGCCUGAUGCAUUGCCUGAUGCAGUGCCUGAUGCAGUACCUGAUGCAGUACCUGAUGCAGUGCCUGAUGCAGUGCCUGAUGCAGUACCUGAUGCAGUACCUGAUGCAGUGCCUGAUGCAGUACCUGAUGCAGUGCCUGAUGCAGUGCCUGAUGCAGUGCCUGAUGCAGUACCUGAUGCAGUACCUGAUGCAGUACCUGAUGCAGUACCUGAUGCAGUGCCUGAUGCAGUGCCUGAUGCAGUACCUGAUGCAGUGCCUGAUGCAGUACCUGAUGCAGUGCCUGAUGCAGUACCUGAUGCAGUGCCUGAUGCAGUGCCUGAUGCAGUACCUGAUGCAGUGCCUGAUGCAGUGCCUGAUGCAGUGCCUGAUGCAGUACCUGAUGCAGUACCUGAUGCAGUGCCUGAUGCAGUGCCUGAUGCAGUACCUGAUGCAGUACCUGAUGCAGUGCCUGAUGCAGUACCUGAUGCAGUACCUGAUGCAGUGCCUGAUGCAGUGCCUGAUGCAGUGCCUGAUGCAGUACCUGAUGCAGUGCCUGAUGCAGUGCCUGAUGCAGUACCUGAUGCAGUACCUGAUGCAGUGCCUGAUGCAGUGCCUGAUGCAGUGCCUGAUGCAGUGCCUGAUGCAGUACCUGAUGCAGUGCCUGAUGCAGUACCUGAUGCAGUGCCUGAUGCAGUGCCUGAUGCAGUACCUGAUGCAGUGCCUGAUGCAGUGCCUGAUGCAGUACCUGAUGCAGUACCUGAUGCAGUACCUGAUGCAGUACCUGAUUCAGUGCCUGAUGCAGUGCCUGAUUCAGUGCCUGAUGCAGUGCCUGAUGCAGUGCCUGAUGCAGUACCUGAUGCAGUACCUGAUGCAGUACCUGAUUCAGUGCCUGAUGCAGUGCCUGAUUCAGUGCCUGAUGCAGUGCCUGAUGCAGUGCCUGAUGCAGUGCCUGAUGCAGUGCCUGAUGCAGUACCUGAUGCAGUGCCUGAUGCAGUACCUGAUGCAGUACCUGAUGCAGUGCCUGAUGCAGUACCUGAUGCAGUACCUGAUGCAGUGCCUGAUGCAGUACCUGAUGCAGUGCCUGAUUCAGUGCCUGAUGCAGUACCUGAUGCAGUACCUGAUGCAGUGCCUGAUGCAGUGCCUGAUGCAGUGCCUGAUGCAGUACCUGAUGCAGUGCCUGAUUCAGUGCCUGAUGCAGUGCCUGAUGCAAGCCACGGAAGAGCCCAGCACCGAGAGCAGGGACCGGGAAGAGCCCAGCACCGAGAGCAGGGACCGGGAAGAGCCCAGCACCGAGAGCAGGGACCGGGAAGAGCGCACGGUGUCCGCGGGAGUGAGGCUUACCGGAGGAACAUGGUCCAUGGCGUCCGUGCUGCAGAGAUCUCUGCACGGGACAGUGCUGCGCCUCACGAGCUCCUCCGGGACCCGCCACGCCUUCAACACCAUCCAGCCGAGGCUUCUCAGGGACAAGCUGGAGACAGCUGGAGUGGACUACGACCUGUCCCAGUGGAUCCUGGACUACCUCACAGACAGACCCCAGUUUGUGAGAACCAGGGACUACGUGUCUGAGGUCCUGACCUGCAGUGUGGGGGCCCCCCAGGGGACAGUCCUCGCACCGUUCCUCUUCACCCUCUACACUGCGGACUUCAGACACAACACGGACGGUUGUGUUCUACAGAAGUUCUCUGACGACUCUGCCAUCAUCGGACUCGGCUCCGAGGACGAUGACGCAGAGUACAGAGGAGUUCUACAGGACUUUGUGGACUGGUGUCAGCGGAACCACCUCCUCAUCAACGUGAGGAAGACCAAGGAGAUGAACCACCUCCUCAUCAACGUGAGGAAGACCAAGGAGAUGAACCACCUCCUCAUCAACGCGAGGAAGACCAAGGAGAUGAACCACCUCCUCAUCAACGCGGGGAAGACCAAGGAGAUGAACCGCCUCCUCAUCAACGUGAGGAAGACCAAGGAGAUGAACCACCUCCUCAUCAACGCGGGGAAGACCAAGGAGAUGAACCACCUCCUCAUCAACGCGGGGAAGACCAAGGAGAUGAACCACCUCCUCAUCAACGCGGGGAAGACCAAGGAGAUGAACCACCUCCUCAUCAACGCGGGGAAGACCAAGGAGAUGAACCACCUCCUCAUCAACGUGAGGAAGACCAAGGAGAUGAACCACCUCCUCAUCAACGCGGGGAAGACCAAGGAGAUGAACCACCUCCUCAUCAACGUGAGGAAGACCAAGGAGAUGAACCACCUCCUCAUCAACGCGGGGAAGACCAAGGAGAUGAACCACCUCCUCAUCAACGUGAGGAAGACCAAGGAGAUGAACCACCUCCUCAUCAACGUGAGGAAGACCAAGGAGAUUGUUAGUAGAGUUGUUGGAUUUUCAUUAAAGUGA